UGGACAAAGCGGAUUAAUUGGAGUUCAGAGUUUAACUUGUGUUCUGUGAAUCACAGUAUUGGUUCAUUUUGUUUUAUCAAUCUCUAAAGCGGUUUUACUUGCUUUGUAUGAGGCGGUGCUCUACAAAUACAUUUGUACUUGAAAUACAUUUAGCCUAUGUAACGUUACGCUAAUAAUAACGCUUUCAUUAUAAGAAGCAAGACCGCGUUCAGUACCCGAAGGCAGCAAAAGUUCAAAAAGUAUGGCGGCGGAGUGUUUGACAACCAUAACAGAGCAAUGGAUACGGGAGAGAUUACAAUUAAAACAUCCCUGUCUGGGUAAUAGUGAUGUCCGCUCACUGAGCCUCCCGGGGACAUAUGAAGAGAAGAUCAGACAUUUGGGAAACGCACUGAAUAACUUUGUCCGUCUGAAGUCUUUGGACCUCUCCUGCAAUGCGCUCGUCUUUGUUGAGGGGGUUCAACAUUUGAAAGUGCUGGAAAGGCUCAUCCUGUACUAUAACUGCAUACCUUCCCUUGAAGAGGUGAAAGUGUUGUACGAGCUGCCAGUUUUGAGAGAGCUGGACCUCAGGCUCAACCCUCUGACCAAAAGUUACCCACAAUACCGGCUUUGUCUGGUGCAUGCCAUGCCCAACCUACGCAAACUAGAUGGCUGUUCAGUCAGAGACACUGAGCGCAAAGCUGCCAUAAUGCAGUUCUCCUCUGACCUUCUACCUCAGCAGAAGAGCUCAUCUCUGAAUCAAAUUGCUGACCAAAGAAGCAGUGAUCAGAGACUGGCUUUAGUUGAGAACUUUACCAAGAGGCUCUCUCUCCUGACUGACACUGAGGAUAUCGUGUUGAAUUUUGUUGCGACGAAUCAUGGAGGCCAAAGUGAAACUCAGUCCCACUCAGUUCACAAGGAGGCAGAAGAACCCAAAGAGGACGAAUGGAAAGAUUUUACAGAACAGAGAAGUUCUACGCCAAAACAGGAGACGGCUAAAUCCAUCCUGAGGUACCCCCCUACAAAAUAUGGUACGUUAAUAGAUAACACAAUGUCCAAAGUGCCACACAUGAAAGAACCGUCUCAUAAAAGAAGCUCUACCUCAUCAAAAGUGACUGAAAGACCAAAGGUGUCCUUUGGCCCCUAUGUAGAGAAAUUCAGACCUGUGCCUGGAAUACAAAAGCAAAAGGACUUCCCCAAACAAAUCAGACAUGCAGCCAAGGGACAUUAUACCCCUAAUCCUGAUCAAAGUCUUCGUCAUAGUUCCUCAUUAGUUAAUAUCCGGCCUCCCAGUCCACGUCGUCCUGGUUUGAAUUUGUCUGACCCCUUCAACCCCCUCUUACAUCCUCCGAGACUAACCUACUCUAGCUUCAACAAGACAGAAGGGGGCUCCAGCCUGCCGCAGCAGGGGGAAAAGAAAAAAAGGGGUAGUUAUAGGAAACCCCUGGAGAUGCUCCUCAACCUCGUGGACAAACACUGGAUGGGAGAGAGAUCACUGCAUCAUAACAACAACUUCCUGUCUCAGGCAGUCCAGAUCCUUUGUAUGAUGGAAAACGAUGUUUCCAGUAGGGAGGCUGAGGUCAGGACCUUAAGACGGGAAGCUGAUGCACUGAGCUUUCAAGCAGCUGCACAGGAGGAAGAGCACAAAACUGAAGUCCGUAACCUCUCCGCUCAGCUGGAGGAAGCUCGCAGUGCAGUUGGCAAACUAAAUGAACAGCUGAGGAUUGUCUUGGAGGAAAAUGUUGCUCUACAAAAACAACUCAUCAAGUUAGAACGACAGUAUCUAAAGACUAUGAUGAAAAGUUCACCUAUUACUCAGAUUAAAGAGGCUCAGACAGAAGUGGAAGAGCUGAGGAAAGAGAUCGAGGGGUUGAGGGAGAAAGUGCUGGAGGCUGAGAAAGUCAAGGAUUUGUCAAAUAUGCUGCAAGAAAGCCACAGGUCCCUGGUGGCUACCAACGAGUGUUUGCUAGCUGAGCUGAAGGGAAGUGGGGAACUUUAAAAAGUAAUUUGAAUGAUGCACACUGGGAUAAAACUAUCCAAGCAAGACUAUGCCGAUCGUCAUAUUGGCGUUGCAUUUGCUGCAAGAGGCCCAGCAGCUACAGACUGUUUUUAAUCAUUUUUACUUUGUCACUGCAGUGUACAUUUAUUUUCUGUACGUUUUAAGUUCCUAGCCCUUUGGAAGGGAAAAAAAAAAGUUUAUUAUUUCUUUUAAAACAAUCUGUAUAGGCUCCGUUUGCUUGAUGUAAACCAUAAUGGGGAAAAGCAAUUAAUUCAAGGACGCUUGUGUAUAAGUGUGUGACAGGGCUGUUAUGUUAAAUGAUAUUAAAGGGGGGUGGGGAUGUUAGUGCGAAGGUCAUAAUGUAUUUCCUGGAACAGUGGCAAGAUUGUGUCUCUCUUAGCUGCUUUCCCUCUUUUUUUUUUUUUUUUUUUUUAGGUCACUUAUGUCUCCAUCUGCUUUAUACGCUGCAGUGGAAUGAAUGCAUCUAGAUUCCAGCUGCACUGUGACUUUAUUUAUACCUCUGCCUUCGGGCUGGAGAGCUACACAAACACGCACAUGCACUUUCCUCUCACAAACACUAAUGCAAGACCUGGCAAAGAUGUAGAUGCUACUACAUAAACUGACUGUAGCUGUUUUUAUGUGAAUGUUACAGGGCUGUGGUGGGGAGUUUCACAGUCAUAAUAACUUAAAACAUUGUGUUUUGACUGACACCCUAUACUUUGUUUUUAUUUUUCAGUAAUGCACUACAAAUCAUGAACACACAUUAAGAGGUCUAAAGAACACAAACACACUGCAUGCACCAGGGCACAAUAGUACAUUAAAAGUUAUUUGAAAAAAAACAAAUAAGACAAUAUGUUCCUCCACAUUAAAGGUGCACAGUAUUUGGCAUUAAGCACAGAGAACAGAUCAAGCUACAGCAGCAAAUGAAAACUAACACACUGAUAGCUGCAAGUUUUGCACUUGAUGCAUGAUUCUUCAUCAGCUGAGGCUACAGGUAGUGUGUGACACUGUCACUAUGUUGGAAAAAUAUUCUACAAAAUAUUACUUCUUUGCAAUUUUCCCUUUUAUCUAAUUUGUAAGGAUACAACGGUAAAACCCUGCUUCUGUUUUUCCUGUUUUCAGUUGAAUUUGUGCCUUGGAUGACAAUAGCACACAUAAAAGGUACUCUAAAUCUUUACCAACAGACAACUAUAAUAAUAGCAUUGGAGCAUAGCUGACUUUGUAUGUAAAAGUUGAUACAUAUUGAUUUCAAGCAAUACAAGAUUUCAUCAUGAUCCUGCAAUUCCAUCACUAUUUUUUUUUUUUUUUUUUUUUUGCAAGAAAAUAUUUAAGUCUGUCCAGUAGUCUGUCCUCACAGCAGCUCAGAUAAGAUAUGACAAACUCCUACUGUCAUCUAUAUGCUUCUGAAUCAAAUGCAAUAUACAUAAACAUGCACAAAGUACAGCAAUACAUAAAAACAACAUAUGAAGCCAGUGUCAUAAAUUAAGCCAUGGGGCUAUAACGUUUUAGAAUAUACACAAUCUCACCACAAAUAUAUUAGAACUACUGUAUAGAAAUCAUGAGGAAAUAGUAAAAUGUAAUAAUUAAUACAAUCUUGUACAACUGAGCUCAUCUACUGUGGUUAGAGCUUCCUUCAGCUGAAUUUCAACAACUUAAAAUUCAAAAUGCAUGUUAGCAAAAUGGUUUGUGGUCUGAAUGACAACAUUGUAGGAGUAAAUAGAUUCUCCAAGACUCCUAUUGUAUUUUUUUUGUUAUAAGCAGGCAUAUUUAAAAGGUUUACGUGGUAGGAAUUUUUGUUUUACCUAUUCACAGAAGUAAGAAGAUAUCACAGAGGUAAAAAAAAUCUAACGUUAACUACGCUGCAUUUU